GGCGGCCCCGGGAAGGCGCAGCAGUGAGAUUUGAAUUCCACUUGUAGCUGCUGCAUCGUGACCAUGGCGUCUCCAGCUUUGUGCGAUUUGCCUCGGAGCCCAGACGAGCUCCCUGGAGAGCCCUCUUCCCAAGAAGAAGAUGAGGAAUGUGAUUCUGAAGACCCAGUCAGCAACUCGGGUUCCUGCUCCUCAGCGAGUAGCCGUUCUGAUGAUCUUGAACCUGAGUGGCUUGACAGCGUGCAGAAGAAUGGGGAGCUGUUUUAUUUGGAAUUGAGUGAGGAUGAAGAGGAAACCCUCCUGCCUGAGUCACCGACUGUGAACCACGUGAGGUUCAGUGAACAUGAGAUUAUCAUUGAAGAGGAUGAUUACAAAGAAAGAAAAAAGUAUGAACCCAAACUCAAGCGGUUUACGAAAAUUUUAAAAAGCAAAAGGCUUUUGCCCAAGCGCUACAAUAAAAAAAAUAGCACAGACAAUGGGCCAGUGUCCAUUCUAAAGCAUCAGUCACAUCAGAAGACCGGAGUCGUUGUCCAGCAGCGGUACAAAGAUGUGAAUGUUUAUGUAAACCCCAAAAAGCUAACUGUCAUGAAAGCCAAAGAGCAGCUCAAGCUUCUGGAAGUGCUGGUUGGCAUUAUCCAUCAGACCAAAUGGAGCUGGAAAAGAGCUGGAAAGCAGAGCCAGGGAGAGAGCCUCGUGGUCCAUGGCCUGCUGCCAGGAGGAGCUGCUAUGAAGAGUGGGCAGGUGCUAAUUGGGGAUGUCCUUGUUGCUGUGAAUGAUGUUGACGUAACCUCCGAAAACAUAGAGAGAGUUCUGUCGUGCAUUCCUGGACCUAUGCAGGUGAAACUGACAUUUGAAAAUGCAUAUGCUGCGAAAAAGGAAACAGCCCAACCAAGACAGAAAAAGGCACAGUCAAGUGCAAACGAUUUAGUCCAGCUUCUGUGGGGAGAGGGGACUGAUGGUGUCCUGCAGGAUGCCCUGAGCACCCCUCAUAUCGUUAUGUAUCUCACACUUCAGCUUGAUUCAGAGGCAUCUAAGGAAGAGCAAGAGAUUCUUUAUCAUUAUCCAAUGUCUGAAGCAUCUCAGAAGCUGAAAAGUGUAAGAGGGAUUUUUCUCACCCUGUCUGAUAUGCUGGAAAAUGUAACCGGGACACAAGUUACCAGCUCAUCCCUCCUUUUAAACGAGAAAGAAAUCCACGUAGCUUAUUGGAAAGAAUCUGACAAGUUGUUGUUAAUUGGCCUACCUGCUGAUGAUGUUCCACUUCCUCAGCUAAGGAACAUGAUAGAAGAUGUUGCACGUACCUUGAAGUUUAUGUAUGGUUCUUUAGAUAGUGCCUUUUGCCAGAUUGAGAACGUUCCUCGCUUGGAUCAUUUUUUUAGCUUGUUCUUUCAAAGAGCACUUCAGCCUGCUAAACUACAUUCCGUCCCUGGUUCCAGUGCUCAGCUGUAUGACGCCUCCAGUGCCGUACUCUUAGAUCAUCUCCCUGGAGUUCGAUGGCUCACACUUCCACAGGAAAUCAAGAUGGAAUUAGACACAGCUUUAAGUGACUUGGAGGCUGCAGAUUUUGCAGAACUGUCUGAGGAUUACUAUGACAUGAGGAGGCUGUAUACAAUUUUGGGAUCUUCUCUAUUUUACAAGGGUUAUUUGAUAUGCAGUCAUUUGCCUAAGGAUGAUCUUAUUGAUAUUGCUGUAUAUUGUCGGCACUAUUGCCUGCUGCCUUUAGCAGCAAAACAGAGAAUUGGUCAGUUGAUAAUAUGGAGAGAAGUGUUUCCUCAAUAUCACCUGCACCCGUCUUCAGACUCAGACAGUGAAGUCUUUCAGGAACCUGAAGGGAGAUAUUUUUUGCUAAUUAUUGGCUUGAAAUAUUAUAUGUUAUGUGUACUAUUAGAAGCAGGAGGCUGCGCAUCCAAAGCUAUUGGGAAUCCUGGACCGGACUGUAUAUAUGUGGAUCAGGUCAAAACAACCCUUCAGCAGCUGGAAGGAAUAGAUUCCCGCAUCGAUGAACAUCUCAUAUCUUCUUCAGGCCCCUGUUUGUCUUGUGCUGACUGGUUCCUUGCGGGAUCCCGUGAAAAAGCAGACACUUUGACCACUUCACCUAUCCUCAGUAGGCUACAAGUUGCUUCCAAAGUAGCAACCUCCCCAACUUGCAGAAGAUCCCUUUUUAGUGACUAUUCCUUAAAGACACGUAAGCCAAGUCCUUCCCGGAGCAAUGGAGGAUCUGACAAUGGUUGCGAAGGUGGAGAAGGCGUUAUUGGCAUUAGCCCUCAUACCACACCGGAUGCAGUACGGAAGCAAAGAGAGUCCCAGGGCACUGAUGGUUCAGAAGAAAGCGGGUCCUUCCUGAAGGUCACUAAGAAGAAGUCUGCUCUUCCAAAUCCAUUUCAUUUGGGAAACUUGAAAAAGGAUCUUUCAGAAAAUGAAUUGGAAAUAUAUAACACAAUGAAAUUGACGUCUGGUCCUGAGAAUACACUUUUCCACUAUGUUGCCUUAGAAACAGUGCAAGGAAUCUUUAUUACUCCUACCCACGAAGAGGUGGCACAACUAAGCGGUUCUAUCCAUCCUCAGCUAAUAAAGAAUUUCCAUCAGUGUUGUCUUUCCAUUCGUGCAAUUUUCCAACAGACAUUGGUGAAAGAGAAAAAGAAAUCGCUGGAUGAUGGAGAUCAUUCAACUUCUACACAUUCAGGGUCUUCUCUUAACCCUGUGAAAGAACAUGGUGUGUUGUUUGAAUGCUCACCUGAAAACUGGACUGAUCAGAAGAAAGCACCACCAGUUAUGUCUUACUGGGUAGUAGGGAGACUAUUUCUUCAUCCAAAACCUCAAGAACUAUACGUCUGUUUUCAUGACUCAGUCACAGAAAUUGCUGUUGAAAUGGCUUUUAAAUUAUUCUUUGGAUUAACCUUGUAGCUGUGUUUUCUUGAUGCACAACAACACGUGCAUGGAGCAUUAGUGUCAGAAUUGCUGAAAUCAAUACAUAGAAAAGGUUUAGCUUAUUUUCACUGUUCAAUAUUGAACAUAGUAUUGUUAAAUAUUAAAAUGAAAUUCUGUUGAAUUUGAUUUCUUAAAUCUUUUAUAGUGUUAUGAGACUUUUGAGAAAAUACUUGAUCAAUAUAUGAAGAAGGGAUAGUUAACUUAUUUCCAUGUGGGUAUAUAAUGUUAAUUUAUUAACUAAUUUGAAAUAAUGUGAAGUGUUUUAUAUAAAAGUAAUAUAGGAAAUGUUUAUUUUGGAAAAAUACCCAAUUCGUUGUUUAUUUUUCUCAAAAUGAAUAUUUUGAUGAAAGGAUCUGAUGAAAGGAUCAUGAAAUUGAAAGGAAGUGGCCAGAUUCUAUAACUAAUUAAUGCUAUAACUUUGAGCAAGUCUUUGUACUUCUCUGAACUGAGUUUCAUGUACAAAUGAAAUGACUGCAUUGAAGUUUACAAUCUGAAGUAAAAUGUGAUAUUUUCCCCCUUCUUGCCUAUUGAUUGGUACCUAGAUUUGUAAUGUCCAAGUACAGAUUCCUUGUCAGAUCAAAUAUUUUAAUUAGUUCAAGUAUUUCAGUAGUACCUCUCUGUGGGAGGAAGAAUAAACAUUAAACUUACUUUUUAACUUAUUUGGUUCUCUUUACUCUUUCCAAUAAGCACUAGGAUAUAUUUUUUAAAUUGCCCAUAAACUUUCAGUGUUUUUCUUUUUAUUCAAAUAUAUUCAGGUUUAUACAUAUACUUCAUUUAUGAAUUUCAGGAAAAUUGCAAUUUUUUUAAAAAGAUGAAAUCAUGUUAAAAACACUGGCUCAUGAAACCAUAUGGAGACUUCUUUGGUAAAAUACUAUUAUUUGUCUUAUGAAUAGGGAUCAUUACGUACUGGAUUUUCCCAAAUGGAGAACACUUUAGGGAAAAUAGUCCUUGAUCUUUAGUAGAAGAAAACUAAUGGUCUGAGGAUUUUCUUUGUGAGCAUUUGGCAGACUGAUAGAAAAGAACAUAACAAGUGCUGCCCACUGGAUCUUUCUGGAGGUUCAGUUGUCUCCAAGGCUUUGCAGUACUGGCUUGUUUCUUCUUCAGGACUUACGCUUUGGAAGACUAGUUAUACCAGCACAUCUAAAAUCAGUGUCUGUAUUUCCCCUACCUCAAACGUGAGCCCUCCAGUGAGUCAUUAGUAACUGCAAACCUUCUUGCACCAUUUGAGCCAUUUGGUCUUAGAAGGAACACAUGUUAUCCCUCUGUCUUCAGAUUAAGAGAUUUUCACCUAGGAAUCAAAGAUGCAAACUACUACAUGUUUGUCCCACUAAUGACUUGUGAGUUUUAAUUUUGGCAUUCAGACCUUAGCUCUUGGAAUGUUGUGUACAAAGUAGCUUGAAAUAUUCUCCUUUGAAGAGCACAAUACUGAGUCACAUAAUAGACUUUUAACUACUGUUUUAGGAUUGCCAUUGUACACAUAUGUGUAUUAAGGACCUUUGGAAGUGUUUAUUAAAUGUCUUAAGUUUGCAGCUAUGCCCCCUCAAAACGCCAGGAGUUAUUUCUAAUACUAGGAAUUAUUAAUGAAUGCAGAUAAUGAUUACCUCAGGCUUUCAGACUUGGGAUUCUAAUUUAGGUGACUUUUAAAUUUUCAUUUAGCAAAAUUUUGAUCUGUUAAACUACUUCUUGGUGUCAAAGAAUCAAAAGACCACUGCUCAAUAGCAGAUAAAAAUGCAAAGCACACUGCUGAUAUUAAUAAAAGCAAACUGUUUGUGUUGCAGUAGUGCACUGUAAUUUCUGUAUUGUGGAAGCAUUGCAUUUUUAAGAAAUGAAACCAAACAUUAUCUUGUUUUUCAUCUUUACAUGGGCACUGAAGACUACAUCGUAUGUAUACUUAGAAGCUCAUUUUCCCAAGUAUGUUCAGAUUCAUACCUAAAAGUAGAUCCAGUUGAUUAUUGGACAAUAAAGUGCCUGUGUUUUACUUUAGUAAACAAAGUGGAACAAAGUGACAAUACAGAUACCCCGUAAGUAUGCUUCAGCAAAUAAACAUUCUUAAGUUGAAUUGUAUUAGCAUCCUGCAAUGUCCCCUUCCACCAAAGACUAUUAAUGUGAAAGACUAUAGCUAGUACUUAAGAAACAUAUGAAGCACUAUCUUAGUACCAUAUUUUUUCAUUCACCAAAAUUAAUUUUAGACCCUGUUACUUUCUCUUUCCCUUUAUCCCUCUUCCUCUCUCCUCCCUCUCUCAGCUUUCUUUAGGUAUUCUUGUUUUUGUCAUGUCAGAAACUGUACCUAAGAAAUACUUCCUAUUUGUGAUAAGGGACUAUUGCUGAUGAUGUAUCCUGGAAAGCUAAUAAUUUUGCAGUGCCUGCUUUUUUAUCUCUCUAAUGCAAAUGGGAAAAGCUAUGAAUUUAUUAAGUUUGUCCAUUUUCAACAUUGUUUAUUGUUAUGUUCUCCCUAAAUG